AUGGCUCAUGCAGCCGAGGGCAAAAUAUCCAAUGAAGCCAAGAAGGUUGCGGAUGCCGAAGCCAAAGACGCCGAGGAAUCUGCUGCAAUAAAGAACGAAAAGGCGGAAGAGGAGCGGCUGGCGAAAGAGAUUGCUGCUUCUGAAGCCAAGAAGGCUGAGGAAGAGCGACUGGCAAAAGAGGCCGUUGUCGCAGCAGCAUUUGCCAAGAAGGCGGAAGAGGCCGAGGAAGAGCGACUGGCAAAAGAGGCUGCCGCUGCUGCCGAAGCCAGAAAGCUAGAGGAGGUGCGAAUGGGGAAGGUAGUUGCCGCGGCAGAAGCCAACAAAGGAUCUGCAGUUGCAGCUUCUGCUGAUGCCGUUAAGGCUGAAGAGGAGCAGCUAGCUAAAGACGCUGCUGCUGGUAAGGAGGAGCGGAGGGCCAAAGAAGUCGCCGCCCCUGCUGAAGCUACAAUGGUGGAGGGACAGCCAACCCAGGAGACUUCCGUCAAGCUUGAUCCGUUGAAAGUGUCAAGUGCGACCCGGUCUCGCGUCUCGCAAGCCGACAAAGGAUACCCGAGACGUGCAUCACAGCCAACAUCAACCAUGAGCAAAGAUGUUUCAGCGGUGGCAGUGGGCACAAGCGUCAGACCCGAGGCCUCUGCCAUGCCUCCAAAGGAUCGCAGGUUUGACCAGCCCAGUUCACCAGCACAAGGACGGGCAGCCCCGAGACUGGCUGGAAAGAUGAAGCUGAAGUCUGGAUGGGGCUGGUGGUGGGCUCGACGCCAUGUGGAGCUCAGAGCUGGGAAGCUCCAGUGGUGGAGAAAGGAGCCGCAAGGACCUCCGGAUGUAGAGUUGCGGCUGAGCGACGGUAUCACACGCUGGGUGUUGAUGCGGCACGAGGGUGCGAUCCUGGAGCUUAUCUGCGAGAGCCGCAGUGGCUCGUCAUCCAAGGCCAUGGGCGAGCGAGUGCUUCUCCGCAUGGAGAGUGAUGCUGAUGCACUCGACUGGGCGAAGGCUCUACGUGAGGAGAUGGAGUAUGUAGAAGCGCUCCUCUCCUGGCCUAUGCCAUUGGAGGGCCGCCAGGGUGAUGUCAGGCAAAGCUCCAAUCGUUUUGUCCAAUCAUCUUUAUCGGCGUGA